GGGACCGGCCAAGCCAUAGCCGUGGGCUACAGCGUCCUCGCAGGGGGCAGCCGCCGCUCCCGGCCGCGGCCAUGGAGCGCCGGUGAUCGCCGCCGCAGCGAAGUCACCACCGUAGCCCCCGCCGGGAGACGAUGGCCCUGCACUCGUUCUGCUCGGUGCUGGAAGUGUUGCUAGUAACAACCUUUGUAGUGGAAGGGAUUGCCAUUGCACAGAAGACACAAGGUGGGCAAAAUAUUGGUGUGAAUCGUAUUCCUUCCACCCAGUGUGACAAUUGGGCAAGGACAAGUAAUAGAGGGCAUUUUGCUUCACCAAACUACCCUAACAUGUACCCACCAAAUCAAGAGUGCAUCUAUAUCUUAGAAGCUGCUCCACGACAAAGAAUUGAGUUGACCUUUGAUGAGACUUAUUACAUAGAACCCUCAUUUGAAUGUCGGUUUGAUGACCUGGAGGUUCGAGAUAGACCUUUUGGUUUCUCCCCUCUCAUUAAUAGUUCAUCAUCAUGCAUUAAUAGUUACUGUGGUUUGAAAAGUCCUGCACUAAUUAGAUCAGCGGGGAGAUUUAUGUGGAUUAAGUUUACUUCUGAUGAAGAUCUGGAAGGAAAGGGAUUUCAAGCAAAGUACUCAUUUAUACCAGAUCCUGACUCUACUUACCUAGGAGACUGCCAGUUUGAACUCUCAGGAGCUGAUGGAAUAGUACAUUCCAGUCAAGUACAACAAGAAGGAAAAACAAAACCAGGGCAACCAGUUGACUGCAGAUGGACAAUUAAAGCUACUCCAAAUGCUAAGAUUUAUGUACGAUUUCUCGACUAUCAAAUGGAGCAUUCAAAUGAAUGCAAAAGAAACUCUGUUGCUGUGUAUGAUGGAAGUAGUUCUAUUGAAAACCUGAAGGCAAAGUUCUGCAGUACGGUAGCAAACGAUGUCAUGCUGCAGACUGGUAUGGGUGUGGUGCGGAUGUGGGCAGAGGAAGGCAGUAGGCUAAGCAGAUUCAGAAUGCUGUUCACUUCAUUUGUGGAUCAACUACAACUCCAUACAGAUCCAUACUGGAGCACCAACAGAUACACAUGGAUCCGUGAUAACCACUCUGGACACAAAUUUCAUAGUUCGUCCUUUAUGUCAGAAGUACUUUGGUAGGUAUUGUAGCCUUUUACAUACAUAGCCUUUUUAAGCUAUUCUGCUUAAAUGACAAUCCUAUUUAUCCUUUAUAAAGUAAAGCUUGUGCAGUCUUUCUUUCCAAAUUCAGAAGGAGAACCUACCUACUCCUUUUUCUGUCACAGACUCUGAAGCCUCACAGGAGGAGUGAGAAAUUCUGUAUUCAGGACUAGUCACCCUCCUCUGCCGUACCCUUUGGGUUUUGUAUUGUGUUUCAGAGAAUCCAGACUGCUCAAGAGUAACUUCCUUCUAUGAAACCAAAGAGUAGAACAUCUACCAUAUAUCUUUGCUGUUUAAUGUAUAACUGACUCCACUGAAAUAGACAUUUCUAUCAUAAAAAUGCCACAUUAAUGAGACAAAGAGAAAAUAAUUUUCCUGUCCGGUGCUCUGAAUUCAUAAAGAAUUCCCUAUGAAUAUUACAGAACAUACUGAAAAGAAUUAUUACUAUUUUUUAGCAUAUUUUUUUUAAUGUCAAGGAGCUAUACCAAACAUUCACAGAAACAAAAUCUUUAGGGCAACUUUCUACUUAAUUUAUUUCUUCACAUUUCUAAAUAUAUAUAGACAGAUAGAUAAAAAGCUAAACUGUACUCUCUCAAUCCCUGCAUUAGCUCUAAUAGGAGGAUCUAGGAGCUUUGAUUUUCAAGCAAGAAUGACUUAGAUGCCUCCAGUUUCUGAAAUCUCUUGCAAUUACUGAAACAGUCCUCCAGAAGCUGAAAUCUGAUUUGCCUUAAGAUAUUAAUGGGCUCUACAAUGCAUAUGUUCAGGAACUGCUUCACAACAUCUACAUAGCAGAUGCACAGCAGACUGAAUAAAUAUAAACUGAUUUUGAGCAUACAAUUUUUACAUAUUUAAAGCCAAGUAUUUUAAAACCA